UCAACAACAUAUCAGCAAAAAAACAAUUCUACAACAAAAACUACACACUACGGUUUUGUUGUUGCUGCUAGAUAACUAAAAUUAACUGAUAUUACAGCAACAAAAAACAAACGAAAUUAACAUAAGAAAUAGUGUCAAAUGAAAGCGGUCUUCAUCGGGUAGUAAAAUUUCCAUUGUCUUGCUGUAUAACAAGCUAUAAAUCUAUAGCUUUAUAAAACAUUAUUCCUAAUUAAUAAAUCGCAACUGAUUUUUAUUGAAAAACCAUGGGUGAUAGCAGAAUUUGUGAUAUAAGCGAUGAAGUUCGCGCAAUAUUGAAGGAAUUCCGCUUUCGUAAAAGUAAACUCAACUCGGCUUUAAUAUUAAAAGUUGAUCGCGAAAAACAACUUGUUGUUAUCGAUGAUGCCAUUGAUGACAUUUCCGUCGAAGAUCUGCAGGAACAACUGCCCGGACAUCAGCCGCGCUACGUGAUCUACACCUAUAAAAUGGUUCACGACGAUUCUCGGAUAUCAUAUCCCAUGUGUUUUAUAUUCUAUACACCACGCGAUAGCCAAAUUGAAUUGCAAAUGAUGUACGCCUGUACCAAGAGUGCAUUGCAGCGUGAAAUCGAUCUAACUCGAGUCUAUGAGAUACGUGAAUUAGACGAAUUGACUGAAGACUGGCUGAAGGAGAAAUUGAGUAAAUAAAAAAAGAAACAACAGAGAAAAAAAGGACGUAUGGAAGGAGAUAUAAAAUGAAACAGUAAAAGCUCAGAGAUAUAAACAAAAUAAAUAUAUAAAUGUAACUCAAUCACAGCCAAUCAAGCAAUAUUUUUAAUCAAUAAUUUUAAAUAUCAAUAGCAAACAAUGUAAUAACAAUAUACAUAUAUAACUACAUAAGUAUAUAAAGUAAAUAUACAUAAAUAAUUUUAAUAUAUAUAUACAUACAUAUAUAAAUGACCUCCAUAUACCAACGAUUAUAUACCAAAUUUUUGUAUACCAACAAAAAACUCUUUUUUUACAAUAUCAUCUAAUUGUAUAAUGAAUAUUUUCCUUGCAAAACAAAAGACAAAAGCAUUUAUCGCUGUAUGAAUAAGUUCCUUGUAUUUAUUUGUACGUGACAUGUGUAUUUUUUUAAUUUAAAAUUUUCCAUAAUUUAUAUUUUUUUUAGUUUAUUAUCUUGACCAAAAACAAAGCUAAAAGGCUACUUUGAGAUUAGUAUGAACAUUUUUAGGAAAUUUUUUUUAUUAAUUUUUUUUAAUUCAAUUGUUUCCAUUUCCCAAUUGUUUGUGGGGCUAGUGUCGUUGUUCGACACUAACUUUGCGAUAAUUUUCUAUCUCUUAUUUGACAAAAACCUACCUUGCCAAAUUUUUCUAUGUACCAAUUUUUAAUUACAAAUAUGUAUUAUGCUAUUCAAAUACUUGCACAUUCUAAAUAAAAGAAAAAUACAAA